AUGUGUGGCUUCUCUCUACAAAAUAAUUAGAAUUAACACUCAAGUCCAUGUUAAAUAUGCAAAUGCAUAAGUGUGAAAUUACAGGGCUUAAAAACCUCAGCUUAUAUUGAAGGAAGAUGGUAGUAUUAAUUAAUCAAGAUUUUAUAGAAUUGAUUAAAACACUGGAUUGAGUGUUCUAAAUCGUAUGCAAAAUAUUUAAGAAAUAGUGUUGGCUAUGUUAUAUUUGAUGAUGCAGUGA